AGAUUCUAGAGUGUUCAAAGGUUUUACACUUAAAAGAAGCUAAGAGAUACAAGUUAGGAAUAAGGGGUGUCAUUCAUUUUAACACUUAUUGCAGAGAACAUUAUCUGUGUCUUUGAAGGUUCGUGGAAGAUUGCAGAAAACACAUAUCUCCAGUGAAGAAGUCAACUUUCAAAGAUGAGAGCAAAGGACAAAUAGAAUCAAAGUCCAUAAAAUAUAAGGUUUUACAUUGGACCCAUAAAUAUAAAAACAAAGGGAGAACUACCAAAAUUCCUUUCGAUUCCAAGGAUCAAUUGCAAGACUCUUCUCUCUCAAUGGUAAAUGAGCCCAAUGCAAAUGAUGUUAUUGCACAAGAAAUGAUUGGGAAACUGGAAAAUUUGUCAUUGAAUGAUACAUCCAAGAUUCUUUUCACUCUACAAAACGUUACUGAGUUACAUAUUCUGAGUUGUGAAAAAGUUGAAGUACUAUUUUGUGCUUCUGCGCUGGAAUGUUUACCAUAUUUAGGUGCACUUAACAUCUAUAGAUGCAAUGAAUUAAAACAGAUAAUUGGUGAGGAUGCAAAGAAUCAUAGAAAGCCAUUUUUCCCAAGGCUGAAAGCACUUAUCAUAAGAGAAUGCAACAAAUUGAAAUGCAUCUUUCCCGUUCCAACUUCCAAAAUGGUACCCAUGUUAGAAGCUCUGUUAAUCAUGGAAGCAAGUAUGCUAGAGGAAGUAUUCGAAGGAAACAGUUAUGAAAAGGUUGGGAUUCCAAAUCUGAAAACUGCAGGCUUUGUUGAACUUCCAAGCCUUCGCCAGAAGAUUGAAUUUCUUACCCAAAAACAGUUUUUGGUGAGGAAUUGCCCAAAACCGUACAUCCCUUCAUUCCCUCAAGAUCUCAAACAUUUUUCAUAUUCUAUGACAGAAUAUUUCAAAAAUCGGGAUCUCCAUGAGCAAAUAAGUGGAGCUCUUGAUAAUCUUAAACCCGAAGAGAUUGGCAAUGAGAAUCCAAGGAGAGAAGACUCUGGAGUUGAAGCAGCAUCAUGCAGAGGGAGUGAGUUAACUUCAUCACAGAACAAUGCAAACCAAUCUACUCUUGCCAAGAUUGAUGAAGACAACAAACAACGUGAGGAUGUAGUGAAAGAAAGAAAAGAAAGAGUAGAGGAAGAACAACAAAUUGUUGUUGGAAAAGCUUCAUCAAUGCCAAUAUCACCAACAGAUUUUCCUCUAGAUAAAACACAUUCACCAGAAAAUGAUGAAGAAGAAAUGGCCAUACCUUCUCCAAAUCUUAACACGGAGCCUCCUAUAUCUAAAGAUGUUAAUGAUGGAGAUUUUCAGGGAACAUCUAACUCAGUGUUUACCAAUUCUCAAAAUACUAAUUCUACAGAAGCGACAGAUCAACCUAUAAAGAAUAUAUUAACAGAGAUAGCAGAUGAUCUUGACGAAGACUCUAAAACCACAGAGAUUAGGAGUCAGAAUGAAAUGACAAAAGCAAAAGAAGACUUUUCAAUUGAUGUUAAAGCUGAGGUAUUAUCAGGAACUGACUUCACUUCAUCGCAGGAAACAAAGAAAACUUGUGAAGAUGGAACUGCAUCACCAUAUGAGAAGACGAUAGCGUUGUCAACUGAUUCAGAAUCAGUUAGUUCAUUGUUUCACUUAUCAGUUACUUUUGAAUGUAGUGAAAUAUUAUAUAUAUAACUUCCCAUAUUAAUUGUUCUAAGAGAGAUGACAUAUGAAUUUGAUCACUUGAAUGUGUUUUUAUUGUUUUUCUUUUGAAUGAGAUUUCCUUUUCAGAGAAACUUGCUGAGAUCACUCAAGAUUCAAGUUCUGGUUAUAGUGUAAGAAGGGAGCUUGAGCAACUUGUCUCUAAGAAGCAUUUGGGGUCAGAGAACUUGGCUCUGUUAAGCAAUUUCCUUGUGAAGCAUCCUUCUCUUCGUUUAGCAGACGAUGCCAUGAGUGAGAGAUACAAGGGCUUUGCCUACACUUGUCUGGCUGAGCUUUUGAAGUUUCUCCAAAGCCAUAGUGUGUUUGAUAUGUUGGGGUCAAGCCACCCUGAAUUUGUUGAAUUGUUAAAAGAUCUGCGUAACUGUGGUUUCAAUAAGGAUUGGUUGGAUGAUGUUGAAAGACUCAAGCUACUUUGAUUCUGCAUUCGGAGGAUCUUAAGCAUCAACUUCAGGAACAUGAUCAGGCUCAAAGUUUCCAAGUCAGAACUACUUUCAGCACAAACUUGGCUAUCUCAUAUUAUUCUUCCGUUUCUUAUUAAUUUAUGUUAGUUGCGUUGAAACUUUGUUCUUAGCUUAUACUUUCCCGAACCUAUCAUCUUUUCUCAAAUAAAACCAUCAUCAUUUGUUUU